UUAUUUUUAGUUGCCUUAUUCCUUGAGUGCACGAGCUAAAGCUAGCGGUUGAUGCUGUGUGAGCGCACUUGUAAACUUUCGUCCUUUUCUCAAACGCGGACGAAGCACAUCUUAAUACAGUGGACUAUUGCUACAUAAACACUUAUAUGCAGUUUGCUUGUGCAUCGACACUGUCAACAGGAUUCAUUUUGUAACUGUUGUGGUGAUAGUGCGGCAGAAAGAGCUCCUCAUCAAACAUCUUCACCGUCAACUGGAUGCGAUCACCGAUAUUGUUUACAUAAAAGUGCAACCCCGGAAAUCCAAAUUUGAAAAAAACCACCCCAGCUAACAAAACCAGUUGCGGACAGUAGUUAUUUUCGCACACCAUGCCUUCAAUUGACACAAAGCCAAACCCAGUGAGCAUCCUGGCCUUUGUAUUCUCGUGCUUGGGAUGUAUCCUGACCGUCGCGGCCAUCUUCCUCGUCGACUGGUGGACUUACUUCUUCUCUGACGGCCGGACAGCGCACUACGGCGUCUGGACCAAUAUAUUCUGCUCCAAGAUCGGCGACUGUCAGUCUUCCUCAGCAACAGAGCUAGCGGGAGGCCAAG